GAGAGCUGGAGGGCUGCGUACACUACAAAGUCGUGAAAUAUGAGAGGAUCAAGUUCUUGGUUCUUGCCUUGAAGAACUCUGUGGAGGUCUAUGCGUGGGCCCCCAAGCCGUACCACAAGUUCAUGGCCUUCAAGUCGUUUGGUGACCUGGUGCACAAACCCCUGCUGGUUGACCUGACGGUGGAGGAGGGUCAGAGGUUAAAGGUAAUCUACGGCUCCAGCAACGGCUUCCAUGCCGUCGACGUGGACUCUGGGGCGGUGUACGACAUCUACCUGCCCACACACAUCCAGACCAAUAUCCAGUCCCAUGCCAUCAUCAUCCUGCCCAACACGGAUGGUAUUGAGCUGCUGGUGUGUUACGAGGAUGAGGGUGUCUACGUUAACACCUACGGACGCAUCACCAAAGACGUGGUGCUGCAGUGGGGCGAGAUGCCCACCUCAGUGGCCUACAUUAGGUCCAACCAGAUCAUGGGCUGGGGGGAGAAGGCCAUAGAGAUCAGGUCUGUGGAGACAGGACACCUGGAUGGGGUUUCAUGCACAAGAGAGCCCAGAGACUCAAGUUCCUGUGUGAGAGGAAUGAACAGGUGAGUUCUGCGCACAACACACACCACACACUUGCUUACUUGCUUAGA